UGUCCGGCCUGAGCAGGCACACCAUGAAUAGAUACACAACGAUCAAGCAACUUGGGGAUGGAACCUAUGGUUCCGUCCUGCUGGGAAGAAGCAUUGAGUCUGGGGAACUGAUUGCCAUUAAAAAAAUGAAAAGAAAGUUUUAUUCCUGGGAGGAAUGCAUGAACCUUCGGGAGGUGAAGUCUUUAAAGAAGCUCAACCAUGCCAACAUAAUCAAAUUAAAAGAAGUUAUCAGGGAAAAUGAUCAUCUUUAUUUUAUCUUUGAGUAUAUGAAGGAAAAUCUUUACCAGCUCAUUAAAGAAAGAAAUAAGUUGUUUCCUGAGUCUGCUAUAAGGAAUAUCAUGUACCAGAUAUUGCAAGGACUCGCAUUCAUUCACAAACACGGUUUCUUCCACCGGGACUUAAAACCUGAGAACCUCCUCUGCAAUGGACCAGAACUUGUGAAAAUUGCAGACUUUGGCUUGGCCCGAGAGAUCCGAUCAAGACCUCCAUAUACAGACUAUGUAUCUACCAGAUGGUACAGGGCUCCGGAAGUGCUCCUGAGGUCUACUAACUACAGCUCCCCCAUUGACAUCUGGGCUGUGGGCUGCAUCAUGGCAGAGGUGUACACCCUCAGGCCUCUUUUCCCUGGGGCCAGUGAGAUCGACACAAUCUUCAAAAUUUGCCAAGUGUUGGGCACACCGAAAAAGACUAACUGGCCUGAAGGCUACCAGCUAUCAAGUGCUAUGAAUUUCCGCUGGCCCCAGUAUGUACCCAGUAACUUAAAGUCCCUGAUUCCCAAUGCUAGCAGCGAAGCAAUUCAGCUCCUGAGAGACAUGCUUCAGUGGGAUCCCAAGAAACGACCAACAGCUAGUCAGGCACUUCGAUAUCCUUAUUUCUACAUUCGGCACCCACUGGGCGUCACCACACAGAGCCUUCAGGACUCAGAAAAAUCACAGAAGGAUGUCCUGGAAAAGGCAGGCCUGCCUCCUCACAUGAAGCCAGUCCCUCCUGCCCAGCCCCCAACCAAGCCCCACACGCGGAUUUCUUCAAGACAGCUUCAAGCCAGCCAGCCCCCCCAGCCAACCGUAUACCCCUAUAAAGCAGAGGCUUCAAAGGUAGAUCCCCCAAGCCAUUUUCCAGAGGACAAAUCAAAUCUGUUGCUCUUCCCAUCCCUUCACACCAAGAACCCUCAGUCGAAAAUCCUACCCGGCCUGGAGCACAAAAAUUGUGAGAUCAAGCCAAAGAGUAGAAGAAGGUGGGGUCUUAUUUCCAGGUCAACAAAGGAUUCGGAUGAUUGGGCUGACUUGGAUGACUUGGAUUUUGGCCCAUCCUUCACCAGGAUUGACCUAAAGAACAAGAAAAGACAGAAUGACGAGAGUCUCUGCAGAUUUGAGAGUGUUCUGGACCUGAAGCCCUCUGAGCCUAUGGGUACAGGAAAUAGCGCCCCAUCCCAGACCUCCUAUCAGAGGCGAGACACGCCAACCCUGAGAUCUGCCGCCAAGCAGCACUACUUGAAGCACUCCCGAUACCUGCCCGGAAUAAAUAUAAGAAAUGGCAUCCUCCCGAAUCCAGGCAAAGAUUUUAUUCCAUCUAAUCCAUGGUCUAGUUCUAGUUUAUCUGGAAAAUCUUCAGGGACCGUCUCUGUAGUCAGCAAAAUAAAUUCAGUUGGUUCCGGCUCAGCAAGUUCUAGUGGACUGCCUGGAAGCUAUCUCCCCUCCUUUAUGAAAAGAGAAAUUGGUUCUGCCAUGCAGAGGGUACACCUAGCACCUAUUCCAGACCCUUCCCCUGGUUAUUCUUCCCUGAAGGCUGUGAGACCUCAUCCAGGGCGACCGUUCUUCCACACCCAGCCAAGAAGCACCCCGGGGCUGCUGCCACGGCCGCCGGCUCCCCAGCCGGUGCACGGCCGGACGGACUGGGUUUCCAAGUACGCGUCUCGGCGGUGACAGUCGUGAAGCCCUUCACGGGGCCUGUGGGAUCUUGUCCCUGACCAACUGGUGUUCUAGCUGCAAAAAACUUUUGGAUGGUGUAAAAGCAAAUAC